UCCAACCUCUAGUCCCGCGUGCACAGAGUGAUAGAGAGGGUGAACACAAACAGACGAACAGCACCGACCCUUUGCGAACAAUGUGACAGCAAAUUAUCUCCUUUAUUUCAAUUAUAGAACCACGUCGCCAAACUUUGGCACAUCUUUUUUUUUUUUGCCUCUGGUAUUAAAGAAGCCAUGGAGCCGAUAACGAAGUGGACGCCAAAGCAAGUUGUCGACUGGAUGAAAGGUCUAGAUGACAGCCUGCAGCAGUAUGUGAGCAACUUUGAGCGGGAGAAGAUCAGUGGGGAGCAGCUACUGAAGAUCACACAUCAGGACCUGGAGGAGCUUGGCGUGGCCAGGAUUGGACACCAGGAACUGGUGCUGGAGGCUGUCGAUCUACUCUGCGCUCUGAACUAUGGAGUAGAGACCGACAACUUGAAGAAUCUGGUUGUGAGGAUGAGAGCUGCCACCAACAGUCUACACAUGGCCACGUCUGACCGCAGGAAAAGCCCCGCGUAUGAUGGCAGCACCUCACGCAAGCCACCCAAUGACUUCCUUACCUCUGUGGUGGAGCUGAUUGGUGCUGCAAAGAGCCUCCUGGCUUGGCUCGACAGGACGCCUCUGACAGGGAUCAGUGACUUCACAGCCACCAAGAACAAGAUCAUUCAGCUGUGCCUGGAGCUCACCACCACAGUUCAACAGGACUGCAGUGUUUACGAGAUGGAAGAGAAGAUCCUGGAAGUUUCUAAGAUUUUGAACAGCAUCUGUGAUCAGACUGUGAGAACCACCUCUGACCCCCUGAUGAGCCAGUCGGCCUGCUUGGAAGAAGUCCAACUGACCAAUAUCAAGCCAGGAGAGGGUCUGGGGAUGUAUAUAAAGUCUACCUACGAUGGGUUACAUGUCAUCACAGGAACCACAGAGCAUUCACCUGCAGACCUGACCAGGAAGAUCCAUGCUGGUGAUGAGGUGAUCCAAGUUAACCAGCAGACAGUGGUCGGCUGGCAGCUGAAAAACCUGGUUGUCAAACUGAGGGAGGACCCCAAAGGUGUAGUUCUACUCCUUAAGAAGAGGCCCACGGGCACCACAGGUUUCACCCCCGCCCCACUCAAAAACAUGCGCUGGAAGCCCCCAGUACCGCAGAACAAUUCCUUGAUCAGAGCACAGUCUCCCUGUGGCUCAGCUAACGGAUCAACCAAAAAGGAGAAGCCUGCCAUCCUGGACUUGUACAUCCCCCCUCCUCCUCCAAUGCCAUACACCCCACGAGAGGCGAGAACAGAAACCUUCUCCAGCAUUAGUAAAAGACCAAAGGGCUCCGAGUCACCCAACUCCUAUCUGGACCAGGAGACCAGAAGACGCUGCACCAUCGCGGAUUAUGACAAGCUAAGCGUUGGCUGCCCCAUCGAGGCCAACGUGAUACAGCCCAGAAUGAGGGAGCACAAGCCCUCGCGUGGGAAGCCUCGGCCCCUCUCCAUGCCAGCGGACACCAGUGUUGGAGUGGUAGAUCCCUACGCUAAGCCGUGGACACAAGGAAGGAAAGGUGAAGACCUCCUGUACAGAUACCUGAGCAAUGAGAGGAUCCCCACCAUUGCAGAGGAGGUCCCCUCAGUGUCUCCGCCCUACAGGCCCGCGGGGGAACGUCACCUGGUCAGGGUGGACCACAUCAGGGGCAGCCGCUACUACUCCAACUCAGACCUCCACAACAGCGCCACCAUCCCGUACCAGGAGGACACGAGAAAGGCACCCGUAGCCCCCGUCUCCAAACGCACAACGGCAGAACGCUCACUACUGGUCAGUUGGAUCACGCGGCUUAAGCUAUUGACUCACUGAUGAUGCGCUUCCUGUCCGGGGCUUCCUGUUCCUGUCUUGUCCUUCCUCAGUGCCUUUUGAUAUUUAACGUCCAGCUGCUUUUUUUUGGCAGCUUCGGGCUUUCUCACACUCCUCCUCUCCCCAACCUCCAUAUUUCCCUGGUGUUACUACUACUACCAACUACUACUCCUCAACCAAACUUGCUUUUGUAGUACUCACUACAUUACAUCAUCACCCCUUUAACACCGCCCACAACCCUCUUCGUCUCUGACUACAAGUCCCAUCUCUGCCUCAAGAAGAUACAGUUUGUUCAGGUUUAGGACACUUUGGCCUUGUGUACUGUCUAUGGACUCCUCUGUACAUAUUACGUUAUGUCAUGUUUCAGUUGGAAUGCUAAUUAUUUAAUACUUCAGAAAACAUGCCUGAUAUCAUUUCAGCUAUUUGCUUAUUUUAAUUUUAUUUGCAUAAAUAAGUUAUAAAUAAAACUAAGUGAAACAAACGGCAUAUUUUGUUAGUGAAACUGUGCUUUAACUAUAAAUGUUCUUUUCUUUUUCAAAUUACACUUUUGUGAUCAGUUAGUUCCAUUACCCUCUGCCACUGGUUGCCUCUUGUAAGCUAUGCAUAUAAUUCAAAAAGAUUUUUAUGGUCACUUUAGUUGACGAUGCUGCAUUGGUUGGUAAAAGGGUGUUUAUAUCUUGUCACUAGCAAAUAUUUGUGCUGGUUUUAAAGCUAUGCACUCCAUUCAGUAAACUUUUAUAUCCUGUGUUUCAGUUUACUCUGCAAUCCCCCUCUUAAAGGGCCUAUACAUACAGCUGGUUGACAGUAAUAAAUGGGCUUUUCAAGCCAGUGUUUUGAACCAAUCUUUAAGGACACACAGGUCAUAAGUCUUCUAUUAGCUCAUGCUGUGGAAAGACCACACAGACAGAAUGACAGUAUUAUUUAAGAAAUACAGGGAAGAAGUGUCUAUUGUUGCUUUAUCUGCCUUUUGUAAGUUUUGAAUAGCGUUUUAUUAAAAACUGCAGUUCAUGUCAGUGA